AUGAUCGUGACGGGCGGUGAUCGGCGUACAUGUUGGAGGCGGAGGCGCCGAUUGGCGUUGGUGACCCUACUCUCCGCGAUCUUGGCGUUCGCGAUCGGCCCGUCGUCGUCUUCGGGCCACAGACCGGCGCCGAACAAAUCGACCAUAUUUCACACCACCACGAGCAGCACAACCAUGACCUUUCUAGUGCGAUUGAGCAACGGUACCAGCGUGCAAGUGUACGACAGCAAGAACAGCGGUGUUAACGUUGCGGGCCUCGACGGGCACAAUAGGACUAACGAUAACGAUACGGACGUCAAGAGGCCGCUCUUCCCCGAAGAUCUGUUCACCACCGAACAACGGCGCCGCGGUGCCGUGAUACUCCACAUACUCGGCGUGGUGUACAUGUUCGUCGCGUUGGCGAUCGUUUGCGACGAGUUCUUCGUACCGUCGCUAGACGUCAUCAUCGAGAAGCUCGACAUCGCCGACGACGUGGCCGGUGCUACUUUCAUGGCGGCCGGUGGAUCGGCGCCCGAACUCUUCACAUCGAUCAUAGGCGUGUUCGUGUCGUUCGACGAUGUCGGUAUCGGCACCAUCGUCGGCUCCGCCGUCUUCAACAUCCUCUUUGUGAUCGGCAUGUGCGCUAUAUUCUCGCGUACCGUGCUGUCGCUCACGUGGUGGCCUCUAUUUCGCGAUUGCACUUUCUAUAGCGCCAGUCUGCUCACCCUGAUCUACUUCUUCCGCGACAGUUACAUAUAUUGGUACGAGGCACUUGUGCUCUUUUGUUUCUACUUGGGAUAUGUGAGCUUCAUGAAGUGGAACCAGCCGGUCGAGAAAAUGGUCAAAAGGGUGCUCUACAGGAAUAAAGUGACCCGGGUCAGGUCUACCGAUCAGCUGAUGCCCUCGGUAUGUACGGAAUGUAUACUCCGAGCCGUACACCGCGAUCUAGGAAAACGUCUGACCCUGUCUUUGUCUACUUUUACACCGAUCGAUCAGUCUGUCUUGUUCUAUCGUUUCCCCUCUCGCUCUAUCCCCGCGUGUAGCGUCAUCUCUUUUCAUCCAUCAACCCCCUUCGUACGGAUACAUGUCACUGCUGUACCGCCGCCUCUCUGUCUACACGCGCUUUCCCUCUCCGUCUAUCUAUCCGUCUAUUUCCCUCUACCCUUUCUCUAUACUUUUCCCCGAUUUCCCUACCCCCGCCCCUCCCCCCCUCCCACCCCCAACUCGUCCAUUUUACCCCUUUACGUACACAUACUUGCACAACUCUCUCCCUCUCUAUCCCAUUAUACGCUACCGUGA